AUGGCCAUACAAUUUUUAUUUUGUUUGAACAAACAAGGUAUACUAAGAAUAUCCAAAGUAUAUAACCAUAAGGUGUUUCAAACUAUAGAAAAUAGCACUGAAAAAAAUGAUUCGGUUUUUGUAAAUGAAGUAUUCAAAUUAAUAUCUACAAGAGAUCAUAAAAAACAAUCUAAUUUUGUACCGUUAAAUGAUAAAACCAAAUUGAUAUACAAAAGAUAUGCCGGGUUAUAUUUUAUACUUGGUGUAGAUUUAGCAGAUGAGGAUGAAUUGUUAUACCUAACGAAUAUACACUUUUUAGUAGAAGUAUUGGAUCAAUUUUUUGGUAAUGUGUGUGAAUUAGAUAUUGUUUUCAAUUUUUAUAAAGUUUAUAUGUGUAUCGAUGAAAUUUUCCAAGCUGGUGAAAUUGUAGAAACUGAUAAGGAUAGAUUACAACAAAGAUUACAGUUGUUGAAUAAAUUGGAUUAG